CUCAUUACGCACCACGUAUAUUUUAGGAUAAACCAAUUAUUGUUGGCGGAAGCGUUUAGUCUUCGGGGUUCCACUCCGCUCUCGCUCCUUUAGGCAAUGAGUGACUGGGGAUAGCUUUCUUCCACCUAGAAGGGAGAGACUAGCUCUAGUUUCUGCAAUUGGAAGAGGACCACCCAGGAUUGACUUGGAAUCAAUUCUAGGACCACUGUAAUUAGAGGUUUGGUCCAACUGCCAGGGAAUACCAACUAGAGACUGAUAGUGAAUGUGUCGAUUUUAGCCUGAGUGCUUACAGCGAGUCAGGUUUAGAGAUUUGAGACCGGAGCUAGGAGAAGAGAGAAUGUCAAGUGGUAGAAAUACCCACUGGUGUUACAGAUGCAGGCGGCCAGUUUGUCUGCAUGGGCAAGAUGCAGUUUGCCCCUAUUGUAGUGGAGGAUUUGUUCAAGAACUUGACAAUAUGGUGCAAUUCAGCCCAUUGGAUUUCUUUGAAUUGGAAGGUCACGAUGAUCGUGACCAAAGAUUUGGCCUUAUGGAAGCUUUCUCAGCCUUGAUGAGGCAGCGAUUGGCAGACAGAAGCCAUGACGUCAGAAUGAGAUCGGGUUCAAUUCCUGAACAUAGUCCACGGUUUGGUCCUCUGUUGAUUUUUGGUGGCCAAACUCCUUUUAGGGUGUCUGGAAAUGGUGGGUUUGAAGCUUUGUUCCCUGGGGCUCCUGGAAUAGCUCUAGCACGAGGUAAUGCUGGUGAUUAUUUUAUAGGCCCUGGACUAGAAGAAUUAUUUGAACAGCUUUCAGCUAAUGACCGGCGGGGCCCUCCCCCAGCAUCCAGAUCAUCAAUUGAUGCAAUGCCUACCAUUAAGAUUACCCAGAGGCAUCUUCGUUCUGAUUCACACUGUCCAGUUUGCAAAGAUAAAUUUGAGUUGGGAAGUGAAGCGAGGCUGAUGCCAUGUAACCACGUAUACCAUUCAGAUUGCAUAGUCCCAUGGCUAGUUCAGCAUAAUUCAUGCCCUGUUUGUCGUCAGGAGCUACCACCACAAGGAUCAAGUAGUGGCCACAGUUACCAGAGCUCAAGUUCUCAAAGUAGAAACAACAAUUAUAGCAGAAGAGAGAAUAGCAGGGAAGGAAGACGGAAUCCAUUCUCUUAUUUUUGGCCAUUCCGCUCAUCUAGUUCUAGCUCUAACCAUGAUGGGACCACGGGAAGCAGUUCACCAACCGUACAUGAAGAGAACCACCAGAUGGGUUAUUCAGGAUGGCCUUUUAACUAAACUCCACUUUCUUUCUGAACAUAUCAUGUCAUUGUGUUCUGUGAUCAUAAUGUGCACCUCUAUUACUUGAGCAAAUUGCCUGGUGUGUGUGGUUUGAUACCUUUGAAAUCUACUAGUCUUGGAGUCUUGUUGAAAGUAAUGUCUUUCUUUAUGCUUAUUCUGCAACUUUUUAUUGUAAAUGAAAUUUCCUUCUUUGCUUAA